AGCGGUAAUCAAUAUAGAAUUCAAUAAACACAGUUACCCUAAACAAUUUUACCCUAUACAUUAAAUAUAUUAGUUAUAGUGAAAGCAAUGGAGGAAACGAGUUAUUUAGAUCCGUCGAGGCUGUUAUCAGUGGAUUUUGAGGUAUUCGGCCUCGUUCAAGGUGUUUACUUUAGAAAGUACACAUUGGAAGCAGCAAGUAAAAUUGGCGUAACUGGUUGUGUGAAAAAUACACGAACAGGUUCCAUUAAAGGGGUGAUCCAGGGGAACAAGGCGAAUGUUAAACUCAUGCAAAAUUGGUUAUACAAGGAAGGUAGCCCAGAAUGUGUCAUACAAGGAUGUCAGUUUCAGAAUGAAAGGGAAAUAAUUAAUCUGGAGCAUCCUCAGUUUUCAAUAGAACCAAGUGAUUGGUAGAUGGUCAGUGUCCUCUAGACAGAACAUAAACACUUUGUGUGAGCUUAUAUGUCAAACACAAAAUGAUGCAGUAUUAUUAAUCAAGUGUUCACCUCCAAUACAGUAUUAAAUCAUCAUACAGUAUAUAUA